AUGGUGCCCUCGGCAAGCCUCGGGGCACAUAUCUGCACUCGGCGCGUGUCUGCACUCGUAGCCAGUGGACAACCCCUAUAUAUAGACUCUGGAUGUGGCAGAAUUAAAAGAAAAGGAAGGCUGGAUCACAAUGUGAAGUGGUCCAGAUAUGGAAUUGCGCCCGUCGACCUUGCCCGUCGACCUUGCCCGUCGAUGGACAGAGUGAAGGAAAGUGAGUUUGUGUUCCUGUGACCGUAUCAUCGGCAUUGGUGGAGACGCUCUAAGAGCGUCUCCACCGGUGUGGUCCAAAUCAUACUGUACCCGUAAAAAGGGUACACGUGUACACGAGCAGUUCCGCCGCCGUGAACUGCCUCGGUAAGGCGAACUCAAUGGGCUGCUCGGAAGCGCCACAUUUCGGUUCACGAUAUCGAGACUUUACUCUGUAACUGCAUCCAAACUGCAUCCAGGGUCUUCUCCGCUGCAGCAGCUAUCAGAGUGGACACGUUGGUACCAAUCACUCUAAGAACUCUGUAGUAAACACUUGCCUUUCUCCCGCCCAAAACCACACUUGUACGACAUCAACUGUAGCCUUUUCAACAUAAAUACCCAACGUAAAACCCCAAGCCUACACUAGUCUACGCCGUCUGUGAAUGUAUCUGACUUCUCACAUUUGAUUACAACCGCCCACCUACCACAACGACUUCGCCUGACAGGUUGCACCAUACAAUGUCUACCGCUGUAGAGCCAGCCUCUCACUGGGAAACUUUAUGGGACCCCGUCAGAAAGAAUGCCACCGUGGCGACCGCUGUUCGUGCAGCAACGCUCGUCUUCAAGGAAUGUGAAUUAACAGAACCCGCAGUUGAUAUAUUCGACCCCGCAAUGAACGCUGAAAUGCUUGCUACAGCCGCCUUCAGCGGCGUGAAAUCCAGGGAGGAUUCCCUUGCUGAUAAGACGGCUGUGCUGCCUGUCGAGCUUGACCGCUUCGUCACUCUGUGUCAGCGGCGCAGCCGCGACCGCGAGCCUCUGCAAUAUCUCGUCGGUGAGUGGGAUUUCCAUGGUGUCAAGAUCGCUGUGCGUGCACCAGUCCUUUUCUUGCGCCCCCCAGCAGAGAAGAUUGUGGAUCUUGCUUUGGAAUACGCGAAUCGUCCUGGAAAAAAAGGCAUAAAAAAUGAGUGCCACCUUCUGGAUGGCGGAUGCGGUAGUGGCGCCAUUAUCAUCGCGAUCCUGAGUAAGAUGAAGAAAUGGACUGGUUUGGGCUUCGAUAUCGCUGAGGAAGCAACCAAACUAAGCGAAGAGAACGUAGAACGUCACAAGAUGACAGAUCGUGUUAAAAUCAUGCAAUGCACCGUGGAUGAACUACAAGAUGAGCGCGUAUUCGAUAUGUUUGUGGGAUGCCCGCCGUACGUUCCCGAUAAGGAUUUUUCUGAUAUUCCGCCGGAAGUAGUAAAUCACCAGGACCGGCGCGCUGUAACAGCCGGCACAGACGGUAUGGAUGUCAUUAGGGAAUUCUUGAAACAUGCACCCCGUGUAGUACGCAGCGGUGGCCCUGUCUUUUUUGAAAUUUAUCCGCCGCUCGCUCCCAAGUUGGAAGCUAUACAGGUUGAUGGUUUAGAAUUUGUUCGAUGUUACACCAACUUGCAUGAGAAGUCCUACUAUUGUGAGUGGAUUGUGCUGUGAGACAAUGGGCUAACGCAUUAGAGCGGAACUGGGAUAAAGCAUUAAAAUGACUCUUGGACCAGUUGC